AUGCUAAUAUCUGCUGACUUUAUUUUCUUUCAUCCGUCUGAAUCCGGAGGCGAACCUGAAGAAGAAGAACAACGACCAUUCCGGGAUCGAAGAAACGACAGCGGUUACCGGAGCGAAAGAACACGCCCCUAUUACCAAGAUAUGUACGCCAUCUUUGUUUUUGGCGCGCCGGAAAAAUUUUCUACCUCUUCUCAACUUGCCUCACGCUUUUUAUUUCUCUGUCUCUCAAAUUUCCAUUCUCUCCACAAUUUUCAGUAUUUCUCUCUCUCUCUCUCUCUCUCUCUCUCUCUCUCUCUAUCCCUAAUUUUCUCUUCAUUCUCUCUCCGUGUCCUUAUCUAUCGUUCUUUCUCACCUUUGCUGUCUCCCACUCUAUCUCUAUCCGUGUCCCUCUCUAUCCUUCUUUCUCUCCUUGCUAUUUAUCUCUCUUUCUCCCUUCGUGUUCCUCUCUAUCUUUCUUUCUCUCGCUUGCUAUCGCUGGCCGUGUUCUUCUCUAUCCUUCUAUCUCUCCCUAGAUAUCUCCCUCUCUAUCUCUCUUCGUGUCCCUCUCUAUCUUUUCCUUGCUAUCACCCUCUCUAUCUCUCUCCUCCCUCUCUAACCUUCUUUCUUUCCCUUGCUAUCUGCCUCUCCGUCACCCUAUCUUUAUUUUUCUCCCUUGCUGUCUCCCUGUCCAUCUCUUUUCGUGAUCAUUAUCCCUUGCUACCACCAUCUCUCUCUCUCUCUCUCUCUCUCUCUCUCUCUCUCUCUCUUCUCUUUCUCUCUCUCUCUCUCUUCGUGUCCCUGUCUAUCCCCCUUUCUCUCCUUUGCUAUUUCCCUCUCUCUCUGGUUCUCUCUCUAUUCUUCUUUCUCCCCCAUGAUAUCUCCCUCCCCGUGUCCACGCCUAUCCUUAUUUUUCUCCCUUGCUGUCUCCCUCUCCAUCUCUCACCCGUCUCUCCUUUGCUAUCUCCCUCUCUAUCGCUCUUCGUGUCCCUCUCUAUCCUUCUCUCUCUUCCUUGCUAUCUCCCUCUCUAUCUCUUCGUGUCCCUCUCUAUCCUUCUCUCUCUUCCUUGCUUAGCAUCUCUCUCUAUCUCUCUUCAAAAGUUUCUCUAUCCUUCUCUCUCUUCCCUUUUAAUCUCCCUCUCUAUCUUUCGUGUCCCUCUCAUCCUUCUCUCUCUUCCUUGCUAUCUCCUCUCUCUCUCUUUCGUGUCCCUCUCUAUCCUUCUCUCUCUUCCUUGCUGGACUCCCUCUCUGUCUCUCUUCGUGUCCCUCUCUAUCCUUCUCUCUCCCUUGCUAUCUCCCCUCUCUAUCUCUCUUCGUGUCCCUCUCAUCCUUCUCUCUCUCCUUGCUAUCUCCCUUUCUAUCUCUCUCUUCGUGUCCCUCUCUCCUUCUCUCUCUCCCUUGCUAUCUCCCCUCUCUAUCUCUCUUCGUUUCCCUCUCUAUCCUUCUCUCUCUUCCUUGCUAUCACCCUCUCUAUCUCUUCGUGUCCCUCUCUAUCCUUCUCUCUCUUCCUUGCUAUCUCCCCUUUCUAUCUCUCUUCAAUUCUCCUUUUCUGUCUUCCCCUUCUCUCUCUCCCCUUGCUAUCUCCCCUCUCUAUCUCUCUUCGUGUACCUCUCUAUCCUUCUCUCUCUCCCUUGCUAUCUCCCUCUCUAUCUCUCUUCGUGUCCCUCUCUAUCCUUCUCUCUCUCCCUUGCUAUCUCCCUCUCUAUCUCUCUUCGUGUCCCUCUCUAUCCUUCUCUCUCUCCCUUGCUAUCUCCCUUUCUAUCUCUCUUCGUGUCCCUCUCUAUCCUUCUCUCUCUCCCUUGCUAUCUCCCUCUCUAUCUCUCUCCGCGUACCUAUCUGUUCUUUUUUCUAUCUUUUGCUAUCUGCCUCACCCUAUCUUUAUUUUUCUCCCUUGCUGUCUUCCUGUCCAUCUCUUUUCGUGACCAUUAUCCUUCUUUCUCUCCCUUGCUAUCACCAUCUCUCUCUCUCUCUCUCUCUCUCUCUCUCUCCCUGCCUUGCUUUUUCCCUCUCUAUCUCUGGAUCUCUCUACAUCCUUCUUCCUCUUCCUUGCUAUUUCCCUCUCUAUUUCUCGCCGUGUCCCUCUCUAUUCGACAAAGAUACCAACCACAAUUACGUCCACUGCAAAUCGACUGCCACAGUAAUUAUAGCGACGAUUCAGAAGAGACUGUGCCGAAGGAAGUGGUGCCAUCUACCUAUCCCCCGGUAGAACCAAGAUCAGGGCAAAACUUACAACAUUUGAAUCUUCAACGAAUGGAUUACCAAGGCAGCACAUAUAGUGAUAUUUCAGACCAGUCAGAAACACGGGUGAAAAUGCCAGUGGAACCUGAAAUACAGAGACCAUCACAACCAGACCAGCAAUCGUUCGAUUAUACCAGAUGUAAAACGAGGGAUUCGGAUGAGGAUGAAGACAAUGAUGAUGGCAGCGAUCAUUAUGGUGACCUUCCUCAAAAAGACUAUUUUAAUAACGUACAAGAGGACUCGGAAGACGAUUCUUACUCGAAGAAAUAUAUUGUAUGA